UCGCGGUGCCACCUGUGUGCCCCUUCCCGAUGGAUACACAUGCCAGUGCCCCCUAGGCUCUGCUGGACUCUUCUGCCAGCAAGCUGUAUCUAUCAGUGAUCCCUUCUUCAGUGGGAAUCAAUCAUCUUGGAUGUCAUUUCCUCCCAUCAACAUGAGGCACAGAACUCAUCUGCAGCUGCAGUUUCAAACUCUUUCACCAGAGGGAAUCCUGUUCUACGCCUCACGAUACUUGAGCAGUCGGUCCGGUGAUUUCCUCAGCGUAUCCCUGUCAGCUGGAUUUGUGCAGCUCCGCUAUAAUCUGGGAAACGAAACUAUUGUAUUACAGUCUCCACAACGUGUAGAUGUGACCGGCGUGAAGUGGCACACGGUGAAGACUGGUAGAGAAGGCAACCGUGGUUUUCUGAUUCUGGAUGAUGAAGCUGUAACCAGGAACUCUUCGGAGGGCACGACCACUCUAGAUGUUAGCACAAAUAUUUUCAUUGGUGGUGUGUCCUCCCUGAACACAGUGUCCCCAGAAGCAAUGGAGAAGGAGCCUGUGGGAUUCACAGGAAGCAUUCGAGAGGUCAUAGUCAACGGGCAGGACCUUGUUCUUACAGAGACAGGCGCACUGGAUGGAGCCAAUGUUGGCGACUGGGACGGGACAGCAUGUGGAUAUAAGGUUUGCUCGAACAGUGGCUACUGCCAUCCAGCUGGACUUUCUUCAUUCAGGUGUAUUUGCCCCGCGCUGUGGACUGGUUCACGGUGCCAGCAAUCAGUUCACUGUGUCAACAAUCUAUGUCAACACAAUUCUGUCUGUGUCCAUAACACAACUUCUGCUUCGUAUUCAUGUAUGUGUUCUCUGGGAUGGGUUGGGACGUACUGUGACCAAGAGGUUACAUUGAGAACUUUAAGGUUUACUGGAAACUCUUAUUUGAAAUACAAGGACCUGAAGUACCACUCUAGGAAUUUGAUGUACACUGAGGUGGCACUGAAUUUUUCUGCUUCAUCAGGGGACGGUUUGAUCCUUUGGAUGGGGAAAGCACACAGUGAAGACGAUGACCAUCUAGCGGUUGGGCUGCAGGGCGGUUAUCUGAAGGUUUCAGUCAAUCUUGGUGAGAGAACUGCUCUUCCGCUUGUGUAUCAAAAGACUUUCUGCUGUAAUUACUGGAAUUACCUGUCUAUCAUUCAUAACCGAACUCUCAUCCAAGUCUAUGUGAAUGAGGAGAGAGUCAUUUUUGAAGACAUUGACCCCUUUGAACGGUAUGUAGCAGUUAAUUAUGGAGGGGAGAUUUAUUUAGGGGGUUUCGAAUUGAAAAGAGAUGUGGCGUCAGUUACUUCUGGUGUAUUUACUAAAGGGUUUGAUGGGAGCAUUAAAGAUGUUUUCUUGUAUCGGGACAUCAGACAGCUGGACUUUUUACAAACCAGUGAAGGUUUUAAUGUCUAUCAAGGGGAAGAGUAGAAAAAAUGGCUGUGCGUAUUGUUGCUAACUUGAUAUUUGAUUUCAGGUAUUCAGCUGUAGAAUAGAAUACGCCAGUGAGUUAGAAAGAAAAUCAACAUUUCCAAAAGUGUAUGUCUUUUAAAUAAUGGGGUGACUUUUCUGCAUUUAUGUAUUAACUCUUUAAUGGUAAAUUGUUUCAACUUCUACCGUAAAAGGCAAUCAAAACAUUUACCCCAAUAGUAGUCUUAUUUCCUUUUUUGUUAUUGUGAAAUAAACCGUACCUUAUUCUGUGAUCUCAGGUGUUAUGUUUAAUUACAGUGUAUGGCAAUAAAAAAAUAAGCCUCUUUAAGAAACAAAGACUUUCAUUUCAGUCGCUUUACUAAUAAUAAAAACAUUUUAUGAACUGUACAUAAACACGAUGUGCUAAAUAUGCACAUUUCUGUUGUGUGACAAGCCAAAAUGUACAAAGAAAUAUUUGUCACAUGAAAUAUAGAAAAUACUUAAAGCCAAUUUAAAAAAAAUUAAAACCGAAAAAUAAAACGUGUAGCAAAAGAAGCUGUUCUCAUCAACCAUGACAUGUUUUGUCUCAUGGCAGUUUGCGUACAACAGUAGUUUCAUUUUCUUGAUUACAACCAGCUGGUUGUGAAGACAAUGUUAGUGGGUAAUUGAAAAGCCAGGUAGGGAAAAUUUACAA